AUGAAAUUUCCUAGGCCUGGCAGCAUGGACCCUAUCCGCGGCUUCGUCUUCGUCUCACUCACCGUCGUCGUCUUCGUCUACACUCUGGGUGUUCGUCGUCUUCGCCUGUCUUCUGCUCGCCGUCGUCCUCAUCUGCCCUCUGCUCGCGCCGUCGUCUUAGUCUGGUCGUGGAAGGGAGUUUACUUUGAAAUGUCAAGUAUCAACAUGGAUGUAGUAGCACAAGAUGUGGCUGCAGAAGAACAACAACAAGAACCCCUGGUGGAAGCAACCGCUAAUUUUGUUCCAGAUGAGUCCGCUUCGAUUGAAAAUAGCAACAAAUCAAGUGUGAAGAGUGUUUAUUGGCAAUACUUUAAUCAAUUUCAAGAAGAAAAAGACUGGAAGAAUCCGUCUAAUUCAAGUAUUGCAUUUGAAGAUUCCAGAGUACCAGAGCUACAGAUGAAUGCAGAGCAAGAUGAUGAUGCUGCUUACCAGUUGUAUAUUAGACAAAAGAAGAGGGAAAAUGGUUCAUUUGUGAAGACUGAAUUUGAUCAUUACAUAGAGGAAGAUGUUCAUCCUUUGAGUGCCGACUUUGAUAUUUUAUCUUGCACAGGUGGUCGAGUAAUUGCUCCUCAUCGCGGUCGUCUUCAUGAAGAUACUGUGAAAGCUCUUAUGUGUAAUCAAAACUGGUUGUGGGAAGCAUAUCGUCAAAGAGGUGAAAAAACUGAUUAUCAAACUGCAAAUGAUGAUGAUGAUGAUGAUGAUGCUGUAUCUGAAGUCAUAGACUAG